CCCUCGCAGGUAGGCGUCCCCCAAGACCUUUUUCUGCCGGCUCGCGCCGAUCGUCUGGCGCCAUGGACUUAGCCGCAAGGGUUGCCAAGCUGGAGCAGGAGUUGGCGGCGGAGAGGGAGCGCAACCAGCAGUUCGUCAAUCAGGCUGCCUCUUCCUCCCAGCCAUCCCAGCCAGCUGAUGUGCAGGAGAGUCCUAGAGCCAGCUCACAGGAGCUCCAGCACUUGGUGUCAAUGGGCUUCAGCCGUCGCCGCUCCUUGGCAGCCUUGGACGCCCACCAAGGAUCUGCGGAGGACGCGGUGGCCGAGCUCCUGCGAGAGGACACAGAUCAGCAGACACCUGCGCAGUCUUUGCAGGCCAUGGGCUUCGGCGCGCAGCAGGCCCUUGCCGCGCUGGACCGCGCGCGGGGUGACGUGCAGCUGGCGCUGGAGGAGCUUCUGACGGCCGACCCGGCGGCGGAUGAGCCCAUGGAGCCUAUAAGGCUGGAGCUGGAUCUGGACGACGAGGAAGAGCUGCAAGCUGCUGUCCCGGCUUUCCGCGCGGAGGCAAGCCCAGCGGCACUGGCGGAAGCGGAACCAGCCGGCUCCGCUCUUGAGGACGGUCUGCGGACACCUCCCCGUGCCACUGCGGCAUUGCGGUCUCCUGCGAGGAAUGCAGAAGACGUCAUUGCUGGGGCUCCGGCGGAGCCAGUCCUUGCGGCCGAGGAUGGUCUGCAGACGCCUCCCCGUGGCACAGCAGCCUUACGGUCUCCUGUGAGGAAUGCGGAUGUCAGCUCUGAGCCCGCCGUUGCGCCUGCGGCUGCAAAUGCCCUGGCAUCAGCCGAGGUCAGCCCUGAGCCCGCUGCGCCUGCGGCUGGAGCAGCCCCGGCAUCCGCCGCGCCCUCGGCUGUCGCGCCGUCAGCCGAGGAUGCCGAAAGCCCAGAGGGGCCGGCGCGGAAGCGCCUGCGCCUUGCAGACAACGUCACGGGCACUGAUGCUGUCAGCCCCAAAGCCAAGGCCAAAGCCAAAGCGAAAGCCAAAGCGAAGGGAAAGGCGAAAGCCAAGGCUGAAGCAAGCGGCAAAAAGGAGAAGGUUGCUGGCAGCUUCGGAGAUGUCCUGGCCGCAACCGACAGCAAGGAGGUCACCAUCCGCAGGAAGCCGGAGAUCGACCGGGAAGUGGUGACCUUGGCCAAGGCGGUGGUUACGUUCAACGAAGCUGUAGCCUCCGAAGGGGUCCGCGAAGCAGAGGCGGACGGGGAGGUGGCCGCGAAGUUCUGGAAGAGUUCAAAGCGCCCGAAGCUAGCAAGGCUCCUGGACGCGUUAAGUUGGCUGCUGAUCAUCUUCAAGAACGGCAACGCGGCCUUCCGAAGAGAUCUGGCGAAGAUGAAGCUGAGGCUCCCGCACGUGCUGCUUGCACUGGUGGGCCAGCAUCCCGAUUGGGAGCAGGCAAGCAGCAUGCAGCGAGUCAUCAGUGCCUUGCAGACGGCCGAGAAUCUUUGGACAGGUGAGCGGAUCAAGCUGGUGCUGGCGCACUAUCCGGUGCUCUUCAUGAAGGGCUGGACCCCGCGGAACCCCAGCUGCGAUGCGUGCGCCAGCUGGAAGGAUGGCACCCUUGCCAGCCGUUGGGUGGAUGGUUGUGGUGGACACGAUAUCCUGACGGCACUUACAAAUGCCUACCCGAUGCUUCUGGAGGAGCCACUCGAGGAGGCGCUUCCCUCUUUCAGCUUCUCCGCAGGCGCUGCUGCCACUGUGAAGGCAAACCUGAAAUUGGUCAUGGACCACCACGGCCAAGAAUUGCUUGACACUGGCGCUUUUGCAAUGGCGCGCGCGCGCAACCACCACAACCGGCACGCCUACGAGAAGACGUUUAGCGCCGAUCUCAAGAGCCUGCUGCAGACGUUGCUGGCGGACUUGAGCGCCGACUGGCGGCAUCUCUGCUCCGACGUGGCGGUCUUCAAGAAACUGGAUCAGAUCAGGACAGGCAAGUGGACGUCACCAAAGCGGCGGUCUUCCGAGACGAGCCCCUCCUGGCACAAGACGUUUGGCGAGAAGUUCAUCGCUGCGGAGUUCAAGGCAGCUCUGGGCUGCCGCCCGGAGAACCUUCUAUCGCAACUCCAGGAGCAAUCCUGGCACGAGGUGGCAUCUGAGAUGCCCUCGUGUGAUCCGACGGAGGCAGUGGAUCCUGAAGACACUCUCCAGGCACUUACUUCGCUGGGCGUCGUAGAGCGGAGGUCCAUGCUGACCCUGUCGGAGCGACACGACGAGCCCCGGCUGGCAGUGCAGUCGGUGCAAAUGAAGUCGUUGAGGUGCUUUUGGUACUGCCAGGGCUGCGACAUGUGGCUGGACAUCCGGGAAGCCUCUUACAGCAAGAAGCUCGAUAGAUCGGCGCCAUCGAACCACCGCUGCUUCCAGACGGACCGGAGCCGGGGCCAAGAGCCCACCACUGCAAAGCCCAAGGUCUUCGAACUGGUGAAGGGGGCGGACCUCGGCAUCCACUUGAAAGCCGGCUCGCUGGCGCAGAAUAGGAACUUGCUGGAGCUGGCCUGCCCCAUGGCAUCACUGCUGAAGGUGUUGGAAUACGCUGCCGGAGUGCCGUGCCAGAGCCGCAAGGUCUUCGUGCGAGUAGCAAGUGCUGAGCAGAACGACGACGAGGCUAACGCCGAGCAGCUGGCCAAGGAGGACGACGAAGAUGAGGUCAAUGUCCAGGACGAGGACGGAGCUGAAGCAGCCAGCAGCUCCCGGCCGCCGAAGCGGCGGAAGGCGGAGACGGCGGCCACCCCGGGGCUUCCCAGCCGCAGCGUGUCCCACUUCUCGCUGCUGUCCUGUGGCGCGUUGGCGGAGGCUCCUGAAUAUCCUCCCGGCUUCAAGCUGCCGCUGCAUCCUGCGCAACGGAGGACCCUCUUUUGGAUGGCUUCCCGCGAGGGCCUGGGCCCCGACGGCUCCGUCCUCACCGAGUCUGUGACCUUCUCCUCGGUGCAGCGACUCAGCCGCCGCAUGGGGAAGUCGGACGUGAGAGUGCAGCUCAAGGCCUGGCGGCGGGGGCGCCGGUUGUGCAACGGGAAACGGAAGCUUCGCUUCACAGAGGUGGAGCGCCUCUUCCAUGCCAAAGGCGGGCUGCUGGCGGAUGCGGUGGGAUAUGGCAAAACUGCUUCCGUGUUGGCGCUGGUGGCAUUGAGCCCCAGCCCUCCACCGACCCUCCGCCCACAGCUGCUGAAUCGCCGGAUUCUGUCGCGGGCCACGCUGAUCCUGCUGCCCGCGAACCUGUUUGAACAAUGGCAGAAGGAAAUCACGAAGUUCCUCUCCGAUGACACGAAGACGGUGUCCAUCGCCACCUUGACGGACCUGAAGAGCACCUCAGUGGCCCGGCUGCGGGAGGCGGACAUCGUGCUGGUCAGCGGGCGCCUCCUGGUCUCCCCCAAGUACCAGGAAUAUUUGGACAAGGCUGCCAGCCUGUCUUCCAAUCACGAAAUUGUUGUGGGGGCCGAAGCUCAGUACCAGGAUGCAAGGAAGAAGUGGCGCGCGCACUCGGUGAGGUACAGCACGCAGCAGCACCACGCGCUCGUGGGGCUGCCGAACCUCUAUGCCAAAGUGGUAGGACCGCCGGGCCCAGAGCCCAAUCUUGGAGACUUCAAGGAGAAGAGAAUCUCCAAGUCCCCAGACCUUACCUCGGAGCGCCUGGUGCGUCGACGCGGGAUGCUGCUGAAUCGCCUGGAGCAAGUUCCUUUGGAGGACCUGGACCGCCUCCUCAUGCCGCCCCUGGAGCUUUUCUACUGGCGCCGUCUCGUGGUGGACGAGCUCCAUGAGCCCCUGCGGGCGCUUCGGGAUGCGGCCAUGUUGCGCCAAGAUGUGAAGAUCAAUGCACCGGCACGGGUCCUGCUCCACAACUUCGAGAGCUUCGAGGCGCAGAGCCGCUGGGGGCUGACGGCCACGCCGCCUCUGAGCAGCGCCGCGGAGGUCUCCUUCAUGGCGCGCUUCCAUCGAGUCUUUGUGCCGCGGGACAGUGAUCUUGAAGCACAGCACUACUUGGACGAGUUCGUGCGCAGCAAUGAUCUUGAUGUGUCAUCCAUUCCAAUCGAGCACCACCUUGUGGCUGUGCGUCAGACAGGCAGCGAGCGGGCGCUGUACUUGAACGCUGCCCACGGCCAACCAACUCGUGAGGCCAUGCUGCAGCUCUGCAACUUCUUCUCCCCGGACGACCGCGACGAGGACAUCGAUAAUGCCAUCAGCAGCACCCGGGAGGACAAUGAGCGAGCACUCGAAAAGCAUUGCGAGGAGAUGAGGAAGAACGAGGCCGAGCUGGACAGGCUGCUGGACGAGGAAGAUGCAAACUUUCCUUCGGCCAAAGACGAUGAGGAGGUGAAGAAGAAGAGGGCCAAGAUCAAGCGCUUGCAAGAUGCGCAGCCCAUGGCGAAGCAGAAGGAACGUCGCCUGGAGAGCCGCAUCAAGUACUUCGAGGAAGUCUUGAAAGAGCUUCAGAAGCUUGAGCAGGACACCGUGGAUUGCCCCAUUUGCAUGACAGCGAUGGAGCCCGAUGACUGUAGCGUCACCUCCUGUGGCCACAUUUUUUGCCAGGACUGCAUCGGCAGUUGGUUGAAGACCAAGGGCAAGUGCCCCACCUGCAACCGCGAGCUGCAGAUCAGCAAGGUGGCUUUGGCCAAGGAGGUGCUCAGCAGAUCCCAGGAGGCAGAGAGCAGCCGCGUGUCGCGCUUUGGCUCCAAGUUGGAGGCAGUCUGUGGCCAACUGCGAAAGAUUUGGAGCAAAGAGCAGGAUGCGAAGGUGAUCAUUUUCGUCCAGUUCGAAGUGCUGCUCAAGAAGAUGAAGGUUGCCCUGGAGGAGGUGGGCAUGCCGUGCCUCACCUUGCAGGGCUCCGUCUUCGAGCGGCGCCGCGUCAUCCGCCAGUUCCACGCCCAGGGGUUGGACAAUCGGCUUCUGCUGCUGUCUUUGGAGCGGAGUCCUGCAGGCAUGAACUUGGUGUGCUCCCACCACUUGGUUUUGGUGCACCCCAUGCUGGCGGAAAGUCCCAAGGCUGCCCUGAGCUUCGAGCGCCAGGCCAUCGGCCGAGUGAGGCGCCAGGGGCAGAAAGAGACGGUGCAUUUGUACCGGCUCUUUGUGCGUGACACCAUGGAGGAGGAGAUGGUCAAAGAGCAUCACCAGCUACUGGGAACAGACCAGAAAUCCGCGGAGCCGGCUGCGCAACCCGCCAAAUUCAUUCAAUUGGGUGGGAGCCGCCUCCAGGAAAUGGCGUUGGCACACCGGUAGAAGACAUGGUAAAAGGGGUGAACAAG